AUGUCAACGAGUUCUAUACAAAACUCACCACCACCACCAUUAACAUAUUCUUCUCCACCAUUAGCAAUAAUUAUUGCAUUCAUUAUUUUUGUAUUCCUUUUUAUAGCUCUUUUCUCAAUUUUCUUUUGUAGAUGCUUCUUACAAAAUGUAUUAUACUCAUGGCAUAUUACUCUAGCUGGAAUUCCAAUUUGUCCAACCAAAAAUAUUCAAGGGCUUGAUCCAUUGAUUAUUCAAUCAUUUCCAACAUUUAUCUAUUCGAGUGUACAAGAUUAUGGAGAGGGAAAAUAUGGGAUUGAAUGUGCCAUCUGUUUGGUAGAAUUUGUAGAUGAUAGUUUCCUUCGUUUGUUAACAUCAUGUAACCAUGUAUUUCAUCAAGGAUGUAUUGACCAUUGGCUUGAAUUACACAAAACAUGCCCGGUAUGUCGCGCGAGCCUUGACUCGAAGGAAAUGCAACAAAGGGCAGUCCAGAGCACUAAACUUCCACAACAUAUGAGGUCCAGAAAAGUGUCGAACUGCAUUGAACCUAUGAGUAAUUCAAUGCAUGGCACUUAUAACGAAGAGGAGUUGUUAGAACACACAUGCAGCAUAACAAUCAAAGAUGAUGACAACAACAAUAGCAACAACAACAACAAUAAAGAUGACGACGAUGAAAAAGGACUCAAUAUUAGUGGGAAAUUUGAGAAACUAGCUUCGGAAACACUUGAACGUAUUGAGUUACGAGAGAAUGCUGAAAAAUUCUCGAGAUCACAAUCCACAGGACACUCGAUAAUAUUGGUUAGGGAAAGUGAAGAUAGGUUUACAUUGGGAUUACCUGAACAUGUGAGGGCAAAAAUUAUGAAGGGACAUAACUUGAUGAGAAGUUGCACAAGUUUUGAAGAAUUCAAGAACAAAACUACCACUGGAAAUUGUUGUUUUGGUGAAAUUUCCGAGUUAUCCAUUGUUUCUGUAGACAAAAUAUAA